AUGUUGGGAGCUCUUAGAAGGUGCUCCACCGCACUGCCGCGCAGUGUUGCUCACAUCUCGACCGCACCCAGAAUCUCUGCUGUUUCAAAAAUCUCAAGGCCAUACAACGCAGCUCUCAUCACCAGAAGCCUGCACCAGAGCAGCCAAUGGAAGCAGCAAAAUGCCGCCGUCGCUGAGGACGAGGGUCUUGGUUUUCAGUCCGAGCAAAACGACAACGGCCCCAUCACGACCUUCGCCGACCUAGGCAAGAGACAACUGGUCAGCAAAGGAGUCGUCCAGACUCUGAUCAAGGACAUGGGCCUCGAGAACAUGACCGAAGUUCAGACAGCAACAAUCAACCAGGCUUUGAACGGCAACGACAUCCUCGCCCAGGCCAAGACCGGUACCGGCAAGACCCUGGGUUUCCUGAUCCCCGUUCUGCAGAACAUCCUCAAGACCGACUCUUCUCUGGGUGAGCGCAGUAGAGGCUACGCCGCUCGUAGAGGCAACAGAACCACCGCCGACGACAUCCGCGCCAUCAUCGUCUCGCCCACCCGUGAGUUGGCCGAACAGAUUGCCGUCGAGGCAAAGCGUCUCGUUGCAAACACUUCGGUCAUUGUACAGACGGCAGUAGGAGGAACACAAAAGUCCGCUGGUCUGCGCGCCAUCCAGCGCCAGGGUUGCCACAUCUUGGUCGGUACCCCCGGUAGACUGAAGGACAUCUUCAGCGACAAGUACUCUGGUGUCGAGGCUCCCGGUCUUGACGCCCUGGUCUUUGACGAGGCCGACCGUCUGCUCGACCAGGGUUUCUGGCCCGAGAUCCAGGAGAUCAUGAACUUCUUGCCCAAGCCCGAGGAGAAGAGCCGCCAGACUCUCAUGUUCAGUGCCACUGUGCCCAACGAGGAGCCCACCCACGCUCGUGUUCCUCAGCACCUGGUUACUGUCAAUGGCUUGGAGAACACCGUCCCUGCUAUUGUUGAGCUGUGCAAGAACGCCAUUGCCGAUGCCUCUCAGCCUGACGCUCGCCCCUUCAAAGCUAUCAUCUACUUCAACUCGACUGCCGAAGUCACAUUGGCUUCCGCCGCUCUCACCGAGCUUCCUGUUGACGAAGACUCUGUCCAGCCCCAGCAAGACACUCGCAGCCGCUUCCGCACUGUUCCAAGUGCUCUCUACCCUGCUCGUAUCUUCGAGAUCCACUCGCGCCUGAGUCAAGCCCAGCGUACACGUGCCUCCGACAAUUUCCGCAAGUGCUCUUCUGGUAUCUUGGUAUCCUCUGAUGUCACUGCCCGUGGUAUGGACUUCCCCAAUGUCACCCACGUUAUCCAAGUUGGUAUGCCUCGCGAUCGCGAGACUUACAUUCACCGUAUUGGCCGUACCGCUCGUGCUGGUAAGGAGGGUCAAGGUUGGUUGAUCUCUCCCAUGAUCGAGGCUCAGGAUCUUCCUCGCAAGCUCAGAGAUCUUCCUCUGAAGAAAGACACUACCCUGGCUACCGCAUCCGUCGACAUGACCCGUGAAGCAGACGUCCCCAGAUCUGCUGCAACCAUCUUGGCCCAGGUCGCCGAGGCAUACAAGCGUGUUCCCAUGCAGGCCAAGGGCGAUGCUUACAGAGGCUACAUCGGCACCUACGGCUUCAUCCGCAAGAAGGCUCUUGUCAAGGCUAUCAACAACCUCUCCCGCUACGCCUGGGGCAUGUCCACUCCUCCAGAGAUCUCAUCCGCUCUUGCCAGACGCGUUGGCCUCACAAGAGUACCCGGCUUGAACAUCGAUGGAAGAAUCAUUGAGGGCAACAUCGACGACGUUGAUGACAGACCCAUUCGCAGCAACGACAACGGUUUCGGCUAUGGCGGCGGUCGCAACCGUCCAUACUCAAACGACCGUAAUGAAGGUGGCCGUGGAGGCUUCGGCCGUGGCGGCUUCGGCGGCGGUCGUGACAAUGAUCGCAGAGGUGGCUUCGGUGGUGACCGUGGUGGCUUCAGCAGAGGCGGCGAGCGUGGUGGCGAGCGCGGUGGCGAGCGCAGAGGUGGAUUCUCAGGUGGAUUCUCCAGCAGAGGAGGCGACAGAACCUUUGGCGGAGAGAGCAGAGGUGGUUUCAGCAGAGGAGGUGGUGAUCGUUACUAA